GGGUCUCGUGUUGUGCAGGUUAAAAUUUGCUAAGGACGGACAUGUGCCGGCAAAAUUCUCCGGUGCACCAUUCCGGUGAAGAAGAAAUUGGCGCCGACGAGAGCCUUUUGAUUUAUUGCAAGCCUGUUGAACUGUACAAUAUUCUCUACCGCCGUGCUCUUCAAAAUCCUUCUUUUCUUAGGCGAAGUUUGCGUUAUAAAAUUAGGGCAAGGCGUAAAAAGAGGCUGAGAGCAGGAAUUGUGAUUUUCAAUUAUAGGGACCGUUAUAACAUGCUUCGAAAGACUGAAGAUCUAUUUUCAAAUGCAGUGACCGAAGAAUUUUCUUGUCCGUUUUGCUUGAUGCAGUGUGGCAGCUUUAAGGGUUUGCGAUUUCAUCUCUGUUCAUCUCAUGAUCUUUUCAACUUUGAGUUCUGGGUUACUGAUGAUUACCAAGCAGUUAAUGUCUCUGUAAAAGUUGAUAUAUUGAGAUCAGAGGAUGUUGUUGAUGGAGUAAUUGCACAAUCACAAACCUUCUCCUUCUGUUCAAGGCCUCGAAAACGUCAAAGAAUGGACUCUGUUCAAAAUGAAAAGCACAUCAAUGUAAAAUUCCUGGAGCUGGACUCACCAGAUGGCACACAGAAUGGAUUUCUACAAAAAGAUGAUGAUAUCCUGUCCUGCAAAGGGGAGAAUGUUUCUAGAACAUCUCGUAAUGAGAAGAUUUUGCCUAAUGGAAGAAAUGAUGGUGGAAAGUUUGGUACUGAUCAUCCUGGAACAAUGGAUGACCUGGAUCAUGUUGAAUCCAGUUUCAACAUUCCAGGUGUUUCAAUUGCCAUGCCCCAAUCUUCUGUGGACCCUGAAUGUAGUAAAUCAGUUUGUAAAAGUGAUCCUGCUCUGCCUGCUAAAACAAGGAAGCUAAGUAUGGAUCGAUCAGACUCAAGAAACCGAAUGCUUCUUCAGAAGAGACAGUUCUUUCACUCACACAGAGUCCAGCCUAUGGCACUAGAACAAGUGUUAUCAGACCGUGAUAGUGAAGAUGAAGUUGAUGACGACAUUGCUGAUCUUGAAGAUAGAAGGAUGCUUGAUGAUUUUGUGGAUGUUUCCAAAGAUGAAAAACAACUCAUGCAUCUCUGGAACUCUUUUAUGAGGAAGCAAAGGGUGCUGGCAGAUGGUCAUGUUCCGUGGGCCUGCGAGGCAUUUUCCAAGCUUCAUGGAAAAGACCUGAUUUCAUGUCCAGCUUUAUUUUGGUGUUGGAGGUUAUUCAUGAUCAAACUUUGGAAUCAUGGUCUUCUUGAUGCAUGCACAAUGAAUAACUGUAGCAUGAUAGUAGAUAGUUACAGAAAUGACGGAUUGGAUACUGGCAAAAAUUGAAGACCAGAUGGAAGCUGAAUCAAUAAGAAGAAUAUACAGCCUUUCCCGCUCUUUAUUUUGCUGGACUGCAGGUUCCGAUUUUAGUAUUUGCAUAAUUUAUCAUGAUUUUUUGAAUUAUUAUUUCCCUGUACAUUGUAUUGAUAUUAUCAAUGUAUUGAAAUUCAAAUUUAGGGUAUUCCCUCACUGUAAUUUUAGUUCUGUAUCAUAUCUUGUCUAACAUAUAAUUUUUAAUCAUUUAUAGCAAUUAAAAUAAUAUCAAAAUAAUGAAAAUAUUUAAUG